GGUUCCAACAGUCAGGUUAGGUUGUCUCAGUGACCAUGGCGACCUCCUGAGUCUAUCUUGGUGGCCACUUUAUCAAUGAGACGAAGAGGGCCAUUCCGCUUUACAUCGUCUUCCCAGCGCUGUCACACCAUCAUUUUGUGAGGUUAAAUCUUCAGCAAUGCUUCCGAUCCUUGAUAUUUAAGUAAUUUCUACUUUGGAACUUGGGAGGGGCUGAUCUCAGUGAUCAAGAUGAGGGGACUGUAUUGCCAAUUGGCACAAUCUAAUGAAGAUCUCAAGUUUGUGUUACAAGACAAGGAAUCGUUUCCCAGUGUAUGUGACCAUUAUGUCAAAAUACAGGUUAGAGUGUGUGCAUUCAGCCCUGUGAACACAAAGCUGCUGAGUGAGUUAAAACUACAGAAAGAUUUUUUGCCAAUCGGAAGAGAAGUUGCUGGCGUGGUUAUUGAGGUUGGACCGAAAGUGAGCUUCUUUAAGCCAAAUGACGAAGUGGUUGGUAUUCUUCCUAUGGAUUGCACAGAGUCUGGACUCUCAAAUACACUGUUGAUUCACGAACAUAGUCUUGUAACUAAACCAAAGAAUGUGAGCUGGGCAGAUGCAGCAGGGACUAUUCGCGAUGGAUUGCGUACAUAUAUGGCCCUGCACACACACUCUAGUGUCAGUGCUGGAACAACUGUUCUUGUAAUGGACGGAGCAAAUCCUUUUGGUACCAUAGUGAUUCAAUUGGCUCAUCAUCGAGGAGCCAAAAUAAUUUCUACUGUACACAACAAUGAGGACAAAAAGUAUUUGGAAGAAUUAAGGCCAACAGUUGGCAUCCGACAAUCAUUGGUAGCCCGGGUGAUCAAUGUGUCCGACAGUAAGGUUGACCUUGUAGAUAGCUGCAUGGAAGAAACGGGUGGACUAGGCGUGAACAUUGUGGUGGAUUGUGGAGUGCAGCUGUACAGCAAAGAUGGCGAGUCGGCUGUCAAACGACAUCUCCCACAUAAACAUGACAUCCUCAGUCUUCUAGCUGUCGCCGGUCAUUGGGUAACAACAGAAGAGAACCUCCAGUUAGAUCCACCAGAUAGUCGACUCUUAUUUUAUAAAGGAGCAAGUAUUUCAUUUCUAAAUGAGGAAGUGUGGCAACUAUCAAACAUGCAACAAGGGAAGUAUCUGCAUAUUUUGAAGGACGUGAUGGAGAAGCUGUCCAUCGGAACAUUCCGGCCUCAAUUGGAUGAACCCAUUCCAAUAUAUGAAGCCACUGUUGCCAUGGAGAUGGUUCAGAAAAACCAAGUCAGAAAAAAGCAAGUCGUUCGGCUCUGAAACAGUGUCGUGAUGACUAAUUCCUGUGAACAGCUAAAAGACAAGUGCUGACUUGAGUUAUACCCAUUGGUCUGGAGCAGAUGAUUCAAUGCAACAUCAGUAAUUCUCUGGUUAAAUUAUUUUCCUCCAUUUACGGUAAAUUGUUUAUCACUGAAAAGCUUUGUGGACCUCUGAACUAGCUUUGAAUUCUUGUAAUGCAUCCUGGAAUCCAAUAUCUGUUUUUUUAUUUUCAUUUAAUUUUGCUGAUAUCUAUAAUCUCUUAUCAGUUUGCUGCAGCAUCACCAACUGCAGAGUGAUUGAUGAUACUUUCUUGAAGAGUUGCAAACUGUUAAAAAUUCAUCUACCUUUUUAUAUUGAGGUAUAAAUAAUUGAUGACUCGAUCAAGAUAAGGAUGGAAAUAAAUGGAUUGAUAGUGGGUUUCCCCACUGAUAGAUCUCGUAAGUGUUGCCGGAAAAUAAUUCAUAAAGGAUAGAAGCAGAAUUAGGCCAUUCGGCCCAUCAAGUCUACUCCGCCAUUCAAUCGUGGCUGAUCUGUCUCUCCCUCCUGACCCCAUUCUCUUGCCUUAUCCCCAUAACCUCUGACACCUGUGCUAAUCAAGAAUCUAUCUUUCUCUGCCUUAAAAAUAUCUAUAGUAUUUUUGUACUGAAGGAUUGCACAGCCGAUGGUAAAACGUCAGCUCCAAGUCUGAAUCAACCGUGUCGAAUUUACGAGUGAAUUCUGAGUUCAGCACUUCCAAAUUUAUUUCCCUUACUAAAGUUAGCAUAGAAACUGAAACUAAUAGUUUAAAUUAUUUAAAGCUGUCUUGUGCAAUUUAAUUUUUUUCUUUGGUUGAUCGGAUUAGGUUAUGAGCACACCUGUUUCCAAUUAUGAUGUAUCCACCAAAUCCCCCUAAAAUAAACCUUUUCUCUCAAGGCUGA